AUGGAGAAAAGGGAGGAGAAGCAUUUUGUGUUGGUUCACGGAGCUUGCCAUGGGGCAUGGUGUUGGUACAAGGUGGCAACGCUGCUGAGAGCGGCAGGUCACCGAGUCACGGCUUUGGACAUGGCUGCUUCUGGGGUGCAUCCAAAGAGACUGGACCAGCUCCGGUUGGUGUCGGACCACUAUGAGCCGUUGAGGGAAUUGUUGGACUCCCUCCCAGUCCUGCCGGAGGAGAGGGUGAUUCUGGUGGGUCACAGCAAGGGCGGGGCCACUAUUUCUGUUGCCAUGGAGAGGUUCCCUCAGAAAAUUGCUGUUGCAGUUUUUGUUGCCGCUAUUAUGCCCGGUCCCAGCCUCACUGUUCAUACACUUAAUGAAGAGCUCUACCAAUUGUUAGAGCUGGAGCCAAAAGACAACCAGGAGGAACUGAGUUGGAAAAUGUAG